CUCGGUGCUACGUUCAACUGUCAUGUCAGCCAACGCUAACACCACUGAAGAAUCCUUCUAUUUCAUCCUUACGGGAGUCCCAGGGUUUGAGGCAGUGCACAUCUGGAUCUCCAUCCCUUUCUUCUGCUUAUACAUGAUUUCUUUGAUUGGCAACACUGUCAUCUUGGCUGUCAUUUGGACAGAGUCCUCACUCCACCAGCCCAUGUACGUGUUUCUCUCUAUGCUGACACAAACUGACCUAGGUCUGACCCUCACUACGCUGCCCACAGUCAUGCGCCUCCUCUGGUUCAAUGCCCGCAAGAUCAGCUUGGAAGCCUGUUUUGUCCAGUUUUUCUUCCUCCAUGGCUUCUCCUUCAUGGAGUCUUCAGUCCUUCUGGCCAUGGCCUUUGAUCGCGAUGUUGCCAUCUGCCACCCUCUCCGCUAUGCCUCUAUCCUUACAGAUGCAGUUGUCAGGAGGAUUGGGAUGGCCAUCGUUAUCCGCUGUGUUGUAGCGGUCUUGCCCCGCCUCUUCCUGCUCCAGCAGCUUCCCUUUUGUCACUCCCACGUACUCACUCACUCCUAUUGCCUCCACCAGGACAUGAUCCGCCUGGUCUGUUUUGACACUACAAUCAACAGCUGGUAUGGCUUUGGGCUGGUCAUGGUCAUUUAUGUGCUUGACCCUCUCCUCAUUGUUUUCUCAUAUGCACUGAUCUUCUUCAGUGUCUUACAUGCUGCCUCCCCAGCUGAGUGUCUUCGGGCCUUCAACAACUGUCUUUCCCAUAUUCUGGCUGUGCUUGUUCUCUAUGUGCCUAUGAUAGGGCUGUCAAUGGUCCACCGCUUUGCUCGGCAUGCCUCCCCGCUGGUCCAUGUGGCGAUGGCCAAUGUCUACCUGCUGUCACCUCCUGUGAUGAACCCCAUCAUCUACACUGUGAAGACCAAGCAGAUCCACCAGAGAAUCCUCCAUCUUCUCUCUCAGAAGAAAGUGUAUUAAGAAUGGAGUAGAGAUUGUGGUCAGUAGAAUCAUAGCAGGCCAGGAAAAGAGAGAAGUUGCCAAGAGAUUUUUUUUUGACAACUUCCAUGUCAGUUCAUUUAAUGAAAAUCUGGUAU